CUAGGAAAGUUGCUGGGUGGUAACUGAAGUCAGCUAAUAACACCGACGUAACGCGACAUUUCAACAACUAGCCAGCCCCGGAUGGGUUAAACGUGUGGAUUUUAGAGUGUUGCAACUCCAUGUACUUUUUUAGAGAAUACUUUCAGUUUGGGUUCACCAAUUCAACGAUAGCUACCUGGCUAAUGGCUACUCCCACUGACAUUUCACUGACACAUUGUAACGUUAACGUUACACGUUGGGGCUGAACGGCACUCAGAGCAGAGGUUAGUAACUUAAAUAACCGUAUUGACCUUGACAUACUGCUUUCCUUUUUAGUAACAGCUUGAUAACAACUCGCAAGGGAGUCGGUCACAUGACGUUGAUUUGGUUAAGUAACGCAGUUAACUCGUUAUCUUUGCAUCUGACCGUUUAACGUCUAAGUACUCUUCCUUUGAACAGCUUGUUUUCCCCUAUUUAGUAUACAAGGCCGAACAGGACAUUAACAUGACCUCAAACCAGACAUGACAAGUGACAGUGGAAGGAUGAUAAACAUGAUGGAGGCACCAGGCAGGAGCACCAACUUUUCAUAUGAGCAGGAAGUCCCGUACGCUCCCACACCCAGCAUGUCUAUUGACAAGCUCUUACCGGCUCUCCUACAGUGCUUUGGGAUAAUACUGUGUGGGUACGUCGCAGGGAGGGCAAACAUCAUCACCUCCACCCAGGCCAAGGGAUUGGGGAAUUUUGUGUCCAAGUUUGCCCUCCCAGCACUGCUGUUCAAGAACAUGGUACUGUUGGACUUUGGUAAUGUCAUCUGGCCAUUUCUGUGGAGCAUCCUCAUUGCCAAAGUGUCUGUGUUUUUCAUUGUCUGCGUUCUCACGCUGAUAGUUGCCAGUCCUGAGAGCAGCUAUAGUAAAGCUGGGCUUUUCUCAAUAUUUGCCACCCAAAGCAAUGACUUUGCCCUGGGAUAUCCCAUUGUGGAGGCCCUUUACAAGAGCACAUACCCAGAGUACCUCCAGUACAUCUACCUGGUUGCUCCUGUUUCUCUGAUGCUUCUAAACCCCAUUGGCUUUGCUCUCUGCGAAAUCCAAAAGUGGAAGGAUCAGGGAAACCACCAACAGAGAAAAAUACUGAUCGUGGGGCUUGUAGUGUUGCAGGUCCUGAAGAACCCUAUAGUGUUCAUGGUUGUCAUCGGCAUCAUUGCCCAUUUUGCCCUGCAUCAGACAAUUCCUCCCUUCAUGGCUUCAUUUCUUGAUGGCUUGGCCAACUCUUUCGGGGGAGCAGCUCUGUUCUACUUGGGUCUGUCCAUGGUGGGACAGUUGGGGAAAUUAACCAGAUCCUCUGUUGUGACACUGAUUUUACUCAUAACAGCGAAACUGUUGCUGAUGCCGCUGAUUUGUAAGGACAUGGUGGGUUUAUUGGACAAUACCAACACCAGUACAUUGAACCACUCAAGCCUCUCCAAUUAUGCCUUUCUUUAUGGCGUGUUUCCCACGGCACCAAGUGUGGCCAUCUAUGCUGUUUAUUACAACGCAGAGCUAGAAGUUGUAACCUCUGGGAUGGUCAUCAGCACUUUCCUCUCAGCUCCAAUAAUGUAUGUUUCUGCCUGGUUACUUACGAUGCGCUGGAUGGAUCCUCAGCUUUUGAUGAAUUCACUGCAGAGUGUCAGCUUUAACAUAAGCAUAGUGACCUUGGUUGCAGUGGUUUGGACAAUUGUUGUCAUGUUUUUAAGUAAGAAAUUCAAGAGGCUACCGCACGUGUUUACAAUCAACCUUUUUUUGGCACAGUUCCUAACUUGUUUUGGGAUGAUCCUAUGGAACUUCGUGGUGAAAGAAGACAACUUCAUCGGGCAGGUCCUGACGUUCUCAUUAAUAUGUACCUCCCUCUACAGUAGCUUUGUUUGGCCAGGUUUAAUAGCACUCUCUCUUGUGCUCAUCAAGAGGCAUGAGGAUGUGAAAGUGAUACGCAGCGUGUUCCUCAUAGCUGGCUGGGGGGUCCCAGCCUCAAUAACUGCUGUGUUGCUCAUUUCUGGGACAAGACAGUCUGACACUAUUGACUCAGCUUUCUUUUACGGCAGACCACAGGUUACAACAACAUUUCAAUAUUUCCUGUUUUCCGCCUUUCAGGUUUUGAACUACAGAGAAUUACUUAAAAGCCUACAUGUCUGUAUGUGCAUUCUUUUACAGAUAAUAUGCACCACAGUUGUGCUAACCCUCAGUAUACUGCUGGGAGGGAGCUCUCUUAUAUGUCUCAGUAGAGGAAGCUGGGCCCAAAAUGAGGAAAACUCUGCAGAGGAUCUUGUAACUGAGGAUGAGCCAACUGCCCCAUCAGGAGAUCCCAAUGGAGCGUGCCUUAUAUGUGACUGCGCUCCACCCCAGCCCAUGCCUGACAUGAUCACCAGCACCAAUAUGAACAACACACCAACCACACUCACAGGUCAGUGUGAGAACAUAUGUGAGUCCACAGACUGCCUGCUCAUCCAAGUGGAGGAGCUCCAACAGGUAGAAGACAGACAAGUGGCCCGUCAUGUCCUCCUGUGUCUGCUUCUGACUGUCAGCUUGUUGGCUAACCUGUCCAGCUGCUUGUGGUUGCUCUUGAAUCCUGUUCCUGGUAGACUCUACUUGGAGCUGCUGUUCUUCUGUGCUGUUGCCAACUAUGGACAGGGUUUGCUCUCUUUUGCCCUCUUUGGGAUGGACAAGCAUUUGAUACUACUGCCAUUUAAAAAGAGGUUACAUCGUUUAUGUUGUGGAAAGAAGCCAGAAGAGCAACCACAAACUAAUUUACCUGAGGAAAUCAGGAUGACCUGCACCCAGUUCACCAAAUACCACAAGGACCAGUGUUUUCAAGACAUAGUCAAAAAGAGAAGGUGUGGGAAGCGGACUAUGGUGGAGUGUUUUCUUGGCUGUGACCUGGUGAUGUGGCUGCAGCAGGUGGGCUUGGCUCAGGAUCAGGGAGAGGCAGUGCUGUACGGGACGCGCUUACAGCAGGGCGGUGUGCUCCAGCACAUCGGGCAGGAACACGACUUCCAAGACAGUCGCCUUUAUUACCGCUUCAUGACAUAAGAUGCAAGUUCAACCUUUCUAUUCUGUUUUUAUUAAAGGAAAAGGGCAUCUGACACCAGAACGCGUCGUUGGGUGUGUUCAGAAGUGCAACAGACUUGAAACUUUAAAACUAAGUAAGGCCAAGUCAUCAUGUACUGUGCAGAGGCGGUCCUAAAUGGAUUUUAACUGUAGAGAUAUUGAGAUGCACCAACAUUGCAGCAACAGUCAGUCAGGACGAACUCUGCAUCCCUCUAACUGCAAUCAAACUGGUGGUUAAAUGAUUCAGUUGAAUGACUGAUGGCCAUAAUUUCAUACAAAAAUAAACCACAUGAGUGUUUGUGGUUAAAACUAGAUGCUUUUAGCCUUUUUUAAAGAAUUUCAAGCAAUCCAAGCAAAUAGUUGGUCUUUCGGUUGGAUUGUUUUAUAUGUCAUUUUGGGAUUGACAAUGCACGCAAGCAAGAAAUCCCAUUGUUCUGCUAAAUGUAUUGUUUACUUCACUUGGGAGCUUCUUAGCCAUCAGUCUUUUACCAAAGCCACUUGCCAAAAGAAAAAAGGGAACGUGGUUAAAGCUGCAUCCGUUUUUUAAAAGCUUGUUUUUUAAUGUAUGGUUGAGUGAAGUUCACCAGUUAAUUACCUGGUUAUAAAGUUUGAGAAUAUUGUAGCUUUGUUAACCUGCAGUUUAAUAUGACCUGGCACUCUUGUACAUUUGUUUGGCAGAGCUAGUAUCCUAAUGUACACAUUUCAACAAACAACCUGCCAGUUCCUGCAUUUUCACGUUUGAAUGACAAUGUUUAAAUUAUUAAUUGCUUUUCUAAAUGUGACAGAAUAAGCAACCUGCCUUUUUACAUUUAUAAAGUCGUGAUUGUAGAACUACGUGAAAUGACAGAAUUCAGACAAUGUUGAUGUGUUUACUCGCAAGUGUUCACAUUGACAUUGACACUUAGGGUGUUACAAGCUACUUUCUCUCAGGUAUAUAUAGUGAAAACACUGCUAAAAUAUACAGUUUUGUUGCUUUUAAAUGCCAACGUUUUAUGUUUAUAAAUGAUGUGAUGAUGGUUUAAAAUGCAUUGUUAAUAAGAACACUCAUAUAUAAGCUGUGUAUUAAUGAUGUGUUUUAAAAAUAAAUGUGAUACCCAAACCCUCAA